AUGGCUUUCAAACCAAGUAACGUCAGCAAAUCAAUGGCUGCAGUCUUAUUCACGAUUGUGGCGAUGGCUGCAUUCUCAUCUGCAGCCACGGGUUUAGGUCAGUCUCCUGAAUCAGACGCCGUGGUUAACCAAUGUCUGGAGAGGAUGUCUCCAAGGUGUGCAAUGUAUACCACGGCCGAAAUGUUUCACCAUGGUUCGUUAAAACAAAGCGGAUGUUGUCAAGAAAUUUAUCACAUGGGACGUAUGUGUCUUAACAUCGUGACAAAGCAUGUAAUCAAUUCGCUUUUACCCAAGCUUGAAGAUGUUCAAAAACGUGACCUUAUGGAGAAAAACACAAUACUAUGGUAUCUUUGUGUUCCGGCGGUUUAG